GUGUGCUAACUGUCGUGAAAGCACAUCGACGGAGAAAGACGUGAGCUGGACGCUAAUAAGUCAGUCUUAUUAUUUGUUCUCCAGUUUGAAAUAUUUACGUCGUAUAAAAUACAUCUUUGAUUCUUUAAGGAUAAAGUCGUCUCGAUGCGCUAGAAGCACUGUGCCGCUUCUCCUGCUAUCCUUGCUUGUUAGUUAGCUUAGCUCGCUAGUUAGCUUAGCUUGUUAGCUGCUAACAGAAGACACAGAAGUUAUCAACACAUCGCUAAGUAGAGAUCAAGUGUGAGAGUAAAGUGUUGUGAUUGUGUGAAAAUGUCUACAUUACAAAUGUUGAGAGCGUUGGUGGAUCAGCGACUAACUGCUGCCGCUGAAGAAAUAUUUGUAGUGUUAGAAAGAAAGAUAGCAGAAUACGAGGCGGAACUUUCUAGAACAAAAGAGGAGAACUAUCAACUACUGGACGCUGUUUUCAAGAAACAUCAAGUUGUGUUACACAGAACAGACCUUGAUGAAGCACCUCUACCUCAUGAGCAGGAGGAGGAACCCCAGUGCCCCAACAUACAUGAGGAAGAAGGGGUACCACAUUCCCAACACAUUAAAGAGGGAAGGGAGGAGCCACAGCCCCCCAACAUUAAAGAGGAAGAUAAGACGCCACAGACCCAUAGUGUUAAACUGACCCUUCACAUUAAAGGGCAAGCGGAGGACCCACUGAUCUUACACAUCAAACAUGAAGAGGAGGACCCACUGACCCCUCACUUUAAAAAGAGAGAGGUGGACCCACUGUCCCCAUACUUUAAAGAGGAAGAGGAUGACCAAGAGCCAACGCACAUUAAAGAGGAAGAGGAGGAACACCGCAUCAGUCAGUCUAAAUGGUUGGAGGAGUUCCCAGUGACUGGUGUCCCUGUGAAGAGUGAAGAUGAUGAGGUCAAAGGUGAAAGUGAGGAGAAGAGAGAGGCGGAGCCUCCAAGCAGCAGCUCAACACAACACAUGACAACAGAAGCUGAUGGAGACCACUGUGGAGGAUCACAAGCAGACAAGCUCUUAGCUCCACUAUCAGAUAGUGAGGACACAACGUCACACUCUCCUGACACUGAUGAUGAAGACUCUAAAGAUGAUAAGACAUGUCACACUGACAACACUCACUUCAAAUGUUCUCACUGUGACAAAACCUUUAAAAACCACAGUCUUCUGAAAAGACACAUCAGUACACACACUGGAGAAAAACCUUUUACCUGUUCAAUCUGUAGUAAAGGUUUUGUAGAAGGUCGCAAUAUGAAAGUACACAUGAGAACACACACCGGAGAAAAACCUUUCAUCUGUUCACUCUGUGGUAAAGGUUUUGUAGAAAGUCGCAAUUUGAAAGUACACAUGAGAAGACACACUGGUGAAAAACCUUUUUCUUGUUUAAUCUGUGGUAAAGGUUUUGCACAAAGUUCAUGUUUGGUAAAACACAAAAGAACACACACUGGAGAAAAAUAUUUUCUAUGUUCAAUCUGUGGUAAAGGUUUUGUUCUAAGUAACAAUUUGAAAGUGCACAUGAGACUACACACCAGAGAAAAACCUUUUAUCUGUUCAAUCUGUAGUAAAGGUUUUGCAGAAAGUCGAUAUUUGAAAGAACACAUGAGAACACACACUGGUGAAAAACCUUUUUUUUGUUCAAUCUGUGGCUUAUCUUAUACAAGGAAGGAACAUUUGAAAGUGCACAUGAGAACACACACUGGUGAAAAACCUUUUUCCUGUUCAACUUGUGGUAAAGGUUUUACACAAAGUCGUUGUUUGAAAGUACACAUGAGAACACACACUGGUGAAAAAACACAGUCCUGUUCAAUCUGCAACAGAAGCUUUUGUGACCGAUCAAACCUUGUAGCACACAUGAGAACACACACUGGAGAGAAAGUGUUGAGUUGCAGUGUGUGUGGUGAAAGAUUGUCUUCUAAGUACCAGUGUAAGAAACACAAGUGUGCUGGUGAGAACAGCAGCAGCAAAUGAAACUGCAGGAUUUGAAAUAAACUGUCAAGACUUUAA